CGCCCACGCGCCCGACCGCACUCCCGGGAAGUCUCGCGAUGCCGUAGCCGGCUGCUCCCGCUGCGGGUGGCUCUGGCUGUUGCUGUGGUUGCCUGAGUUGCUGCUGCUGCGGCGGCGGCGGCGGCAGCGGCGGUACUGGUGGAGGUGUCGGCCCUUGGGCGGAUGUUGACAUUGUGUUGUUGUUAUUGCUGAUGGUAAUGGCGGCGGCGGCGGCGGCGACGGCCGGGACCCCAUCUCCUCUGUAGCCGGAGCCGAGGCAGCGAAGAGCUAACUCCGCGGCCUCUGAGCCCGAGGCAGCGACUCCCCUCAGCCUCCGCCGCCUCGCCUGCCCGUUUCCCGGCCGCGGCCCCGGCCCCUGGAGUCAGGCCCCUUUGGGCAGGGGGCCUCGGAGGCUCAGGAUGGCGGAUUUCGACGAGAUCUAUGAGGAGGAGGAGGACGAGGAGCGGGCCCUGGAGGAGCAGCUGCUCAAAUACUCGCCGGACCCAGUGGUGGUCCGCGGCUCCGGUCACGUCACCGUAUUUGGACUGAGCAACAAAUUUGAAUCAGAAUUCCCUUCUUCGUUAACUGGAAAAGUAGCUCCUGAAGAAUUUAAAGCCAGCAUCAACAGAGUUAACAGUUGUCUUAAGAAGAACCUUCCUGUUAAUGUACGUUGGCUACUUUGUGGCUGCCUUUGUUGCUGCUGCACAUUAGGUUGCAGUAUGUGGCCAGUUAUUUGCCUCAGUAAAAGAACAAGAAGAUCGAUUGAGAAGUUAUUAGAAUGGGAAAACAAUAGGUUAUACCACAAGCUGUGCUUGCACUGGAGACUGAGCAAAAGGAAAUGUGAAACGAAUAACAUGAUGGAAUAUGUCAUCCUCAUAGAAUUUUUACCAAAGACACCGAUUUUUCGACCAGAUUAGCAUUCACUUUAUUUAUAGAGACUUUCCAAGUAUGUUGUCUUUCCAAUGGUGCCUUGCUUGGUGCUCUCCUGGUGGUGACAUAACAUUGGUUCUACAGAAUCGUGUGGUGUUUUUUUUUUUUUUUUUUUUUCUGUUUUUGUUUUUUUAAAUAACCGCAUGUUCUAAGUGUGCAUUUUUGUCAAACUUUGCAACAGUUAUUUCAUACAGAUGUUUAAUACUUAAGUUAUUGUGCUCUUUUCUGUUAUGUAUUCUGAUUUUCAAGGAUUACUUUUUUGUAUUAUCGAAAAAAUACAUUUGAACUUAGCAUAAAAAGUGGCCAGCCUUUUUUAUUUUAUCACCAAGGUACACACACAGUCCUCUAUUUAUUAAUUCCAUAAUAUAGAAGAACACUUUUGUAAGCCUCUACUUAUCUAUUCCAAGCACACUCUUUGUAUUAUUUUUCUUCCUUUUAAAAUUUAAAAUAGUUAUUAUUUUAAAAUAGUAAGUUUUCUUUAAUAGCUUUUUGGAAUCUAACAAAUCCUUUUCCAUACAAUUCCUAAUGCUCUGUUUACAGCAGAAAUAUCUGUUACGUUAUGAAGACCUAUCAACAAAUUUUGAAAGUGUUUCUGUCUUCAGAGGUAGUAAGGCAGUAUUAAAUUAUUUUUAAUAGAAUAGACAAAUAAUGAAUGGUAUGCAUGCACCUAAUGGUUACUAGAGCUCAGGAUCACAAAAUAUAGUAGCAUUACAAUCUGUGUAUAUUUUUGAUCAAGAUGAUGAUAAUGGCCUUACUUGCGUUAUUUUUUAUUGUUUGUCAAAUCUUCUAUAGAAAAGUAUGGAAAUACUCCUUUUAAAAUUUCUAAGGAAAAUACUUCUCCCAAUCUAACAUAAUUGUAGAAUGGAUAUAUGUUUCUGAAAAGUUUUUGAAAGAAAGCAAAAGUUCUAGAAUUAAAAGUAAGCUGGUGUUUAAAUACCCCAUUGAUACUUAGAACAGAUUACUAUUGCUAAGAAACGGAGGACAUAUUUAGUACUGUUUUUAUUCACUAGUUUGCUUUCAGUCCAGUUAUGUAUACUUUUUUGACUGAGAAUGCGACAUGUAAGUUUGAAUCAGAUUAACGUAUUUCUUCUAAAUAUAUACAAAUAUACAUAUCCCCCCCCUUUUGGUUGUACAUAUCUCCAUGCAUUUUAAAACUUUCUAAAUUUCUGAAUGGCCUAUGUGUAAAUUUUUGUUUUUAUAAACCUGAAAUUAUACAAGUUUUAAUGUGUGUCAAGAACUUGUUCCAUUCAACUGUGGUAUCUAGCAAUAAUGUGAAUAACUUUUGAAAUUAUAUAAACUAUGCUUACUAAUUUGUAUUAAGAAUUGGUACCACUAUACAGUAUCUUUUCUCCUUGUAUUAAAUCUUUUAAAUACCAGUUUCUUUAAUUUAUAUACCUGUAUUUUUUAAAAGUAUUUCUCUGUACUUCUCCAAAGUACUGUAAUUGUAUAUAAAUUUGAAUAGUUGGAGUCUAGAAUCUUAUAUCCUAUAUCCUAUAUUGGACAUUAGGAACUAUCUUAAAAACUAGGGUGUUGUUUUUGUUUUUUGUCUGAGAAUUAUUUGUUUCCAUUGCCCCCCAAAACACUUUUCCUACGAAGAGUUCAGAGUACAAAGAUUCAAACACUUCUCGCUUUAUUUAUUGACUUUAUGUCCAGGGCAUGUCCUACCACAUUAAAGUAGUGGAACUAAAAGGGAAUGCUACUCAAAAACUAGUAUUCCUGUAUGGUUUCAGUGUGAAAAGUAUUAAGUGGAGAAGGCUGACUCUGCCUCAGGAUUCAGAAAGAACAGAAAAAUACAUACAUAGACACUGCAACACGUCUACAUAUUUUAGGUAUUCCAUCUCAAAAAUUUUGUAAAUUUGUAGAGUACCAUAUUGAUCAGCUUUAUAGGAAGAACUAUACCUAUUUAGACAUAAUUUUUUUUCUCCUGUUAUUAGUCUUCUGGAAAUUAUAAUUUUAAAAUUAUUCCCAUAAGAAUAUUUUAACAGUAAGAUAAUAUUCAUAGUUGACAAUAUUUAGGAAUAGGAUUUUUUCAAGCUUUUCUGAUUUUGAGAAGUAUGUCAGUUGCUUUAAGUUUCCCUAGAAAUAUGCACUCUCAUUUAAUGUGUGUGUAGAAAAGAACGAUGAAUGACUAAUAUGUGGCAUCACCAUUAGCCAGUUAUACCCUGAGCAGUUCCAUUUCCCCGUUCGGCUUUUCGUUUUUAGCUCCCGCGGAGCCCUCUGGCUUAUCUUUUCUUGAUUCAUGAAUCUAAGGGCCCAUGUUACUAGAAGUUGUAAUGUCAGAGAUGCAUAUGUUGUGUGAACAUUAGCCCAAAGGAAAUAUUUAAAAUGGUAAUUGUUCUUCAGUUCCUAUUUUCUGACUUAAAGUUCCUGAGACAUAAACUAUAGGUACUUUUUAAGUUGGCCAAGAAAAGGUAUUAUUGGCAGAAAAUCUAAUGUGUAGAUUUUACAUAGGCUAAGUGAAUAACUGUGAUCCUUGUUUAUGUAUAAUUGGCAUUUUACAGGUAGUCCAUCAUUCUUGUGUAGAAACAUUUACUUUGCAAAGCUUAUUAUAUUUUAAUACAUGACUACAAUAUAACUGGGUUAAAACGUAUACUCUAAAACCUAAUGACUAUAGUAAAACUCAAGUGACACAGUUAGCUUCUAAGGCAGAUACUGGCCCCGCUCACAAGAGGGUCACCUUACCUAUAGCAAAUGGUCAUCAGAUGCUUUAUUAAGACUCUUCAAUGACUAGGUUCCAUUCAUUUGAAAUUCAAACAUACAAUUUUGGCCAAAAAUCAAGAAGUGUUCAAACCUUUAAUAGUAAGCAAUGAUUCCCUUUUCUUACUAGAAAAAGUACUUUUAUAAUUGAACAGUUUUGGAGCGGGAAGAACUACAAAUUUCUCCAUGGUUGUGUUCUCAAUGUUAUUUGCAGACGACUUCUGAUUGCUUCUUUAUACUAGUAGACACAGGCAAACUGUGUGUAAAACUUUGACAACAUUCCAUAUCCAUCUUUGGUUAUAAAAGAAUGAUAUUAAUAGUGACAGGUACAGCUGGAUUCACAGUUGCAUGUGUUCAAACUACAGUAGUCUUACAUAACAUUAUGUACAUAGACUGUUUCCACUUUUAUGGUAUUCUGCUUUACAGUUACAACCUUGAGCUGCAUGCCUGAUUUUCACUGUAAAUAUUUGCUUUGGCUCGGCUGUUGGUCAGUAGUACUAAAUCAGAAGUACAACCUGUUUAAAAAACUGUCUUUGACUGAAUUCCAGCAUCUAGUCCUGGACCCUGUUUCCUUCUCUCCUGUCCUAUCCUACUGAAGUACCGUGGGUCCUUCUGCUGCCCUCUUGAUGUCCAGAUGGCCAUGGACAGAGUUCACCAUGCCUCUGUCUUCCUUCCCCAGUACAAAUGGUAAUUCUUUUGCGUUCUUGGCUAGGUGUUUAGAAGGCCAAUUAAAUUGAGCUAGUCACAUUAAGUGAUUAAUGGCUGACUCUCUCAAUUCUGCUAAGAUGGUACUUGAAUUUAAAAAAUUUCCUGACUUAAGUUUCCCAUUGUUGCAGUGGUACAAUUGGUAUUUUCCUUUUCAUCAGACUCUAUCAGUCCAGACUCUGCAAGGAUGGUUGCAAGUGGGGCUUCUCAAACCACCAUUUCUGAAGAAAGCUGAUUUAUUCAUAGAGUAUUGGAAAGAAGAGGCUCAAGGCCAAUCCUUUUAUAUAUAUAUAUAUAUAUAUAUAUAUAUAUAUAUAUAUAUAUAAUUUUUAAUGUUUACUUUUGAGAGACAGAGUGGGUGUGGGGGAGGGGCAGAGAGAGGGAGAUCUAGAAUCCGAAACAGGCUCCAGGCUCUGAGCUGUUAGCACAGAGCCCAGUGCGGGGCUCAAACUCACGAAUGAUGAGAUCAUGACCUGAGCCCAAGUCGGAUGCUUAGCCGACUGAGCUACCCAGGCGCCCUAAGGCCAGUCCUAAACCAGACUGUUAAUCAUCCCAUAAUAGUUGUGCUUAAAUAUACUUUUAGAUAUAAUAGCCAACUUUAUGUUAUGUUAAGGAACAUACCUUUUAUUUAAGUUGAACUUUCAAGGUGAUUAGUCUUUAAGGCUUAUUAUCUUGUUCUGUACUUUUACAGAGAUUUUUUGGUAGUAACAAAAGAGAAGCUUAAAUAUUGUUUGUAUUGUGAGUCAUAAUUCUGUGCACUUGUUUCUGUAAUCGGGGAGCAAUACUGCCCUUCCUCCCACCAUGGUAAAUUGAAACAGCAGAGGCUGAUUGUAGCCUUAAUAGUACUGAAAGCAGAAAUUCAGAGUGCUAAUCCUGAUUUUGAAUUUAUUUCUGAUGUUCUGCAAAAUCAUCAAAUUACUUGGCUUCUUUGCAUUUAUUUUCAUUUCCACAAAAGGAAGAUACUAUGACUACCUCAUAUUUUUAAGUCAUUUAUUUUGCUUUUAUUUACUAAAUCCUAUAUAAAAGUAAGUAGCUAGAUGUUCAAUAGUGACAAAUGAGUAGCUUUUUGAUUGAGUUACAAAGUCAGCAGAAAUUUGAGUUACUGUCCAAUUUUGCAUUUAAAAUUAAAGAGUUAGAGUGAGUACUCCUUAUAUAUAUAUAUAGUAAUGAUCUGCAUGUUUAAAAAUCACAUAGACAUUAAAUAUAAUACUUGAGAAAGGUUUCUUUCUAAUAAGACCCUUUAAGAUAAUAGGUACAUCUCAGAUACUUGAGCAAAACCAUGCCCCCCCUUUAGUGACAUUUCCUCUACUUCAUAAAACAUGGUGCUCGGAAUUUGAGAGUUGAGUGCUUUUUUCUCUGUAUGAAAGAUAGUAUAUUGCUUUCCUAGCUCUUUGUCAGAAAUAUUUCAGUGAACUAACUAUACCAGGCAUUCUUAAUUUGGGCAGAUAAGCCAACAUUUUAUUUGUAAAGAAAGUCAACCAGCCUUUAAGAGAAGACAAGUAAUGGAUCAGUGUUUUGGCUACUCUUCUGGACCAUAAUACAUUCUCAAACUGCAGAUUUCCUCCUAUUAUCUUGCCUGCCGGUUUGUAAUUUAGUAUAGCUGGUUCCAGUUCUUUCUUGACACAAAUACUAUACAGAUUUAAAAUGUUCUAGAAGGAAAGAGCAUUCUGUUCUCUCAAGAAACCUUUGGCACUAAUAAAAAGACCACCUCCUUCUUUAUCUUCUAGUAGCAGCUUAUUUAAUUAGGUUAAUUGCAAUAAUCUCAUUGCAUUGCUCUGAGGUCUUCAUGAACAGGAGUUUGUAUUAACUGAAGUUAUCAAAGCCCUUUGAAAGUUCGUAUUUCUCUUUACAUUUGUCGGAGCUAAUGACUGACAUCUUGUCCUGGCAGAAGAGUUAAGCGUUAUGAAGCUGGCAGUGGAAGCAAGGUAGAAAUGACUGGAAAGCAGUAUGCUGAAAUCUACUGGCCAAGAGAAGUAACUGCAUUGUUAUCCUACACUUUGGUUACAAGGGGCAAAAUUAUGCAAUGGCUGGGAAUUGCACACAGCUUUACUGCUUCCUUUUUAUACAUUCUUUAUGUAUUACAAUGGAAUUUUUUUUUAAAAUUUGUUCUAGAUAGUUUUCCUCGGCUAUCAUGUCCUUUGAGAAGAGAAUGGGAGGCUACCUUGAAUAAAGUAUUCUUUUAUUUAUCUUUUAUAAUGGAAGUGUGACAGUUUUUUAAAAAAUACUAAAUAAAGGAUUUUAGGAAUUUGUUCCUAUAUAUAUCCUUAAUGAGCAUGGAAUAGUUUUCACAUAGAAUAAUCAGAAACUCAUGAUGGGUGAACAAUUAUGCAGACCCAAGAUCACGGUCUGUAUUGUGUUUUCAGUUAAUUCUAGUUACAGUCAGGUAAGUCUAGUAACAUUGUAAAAAAUGAAAAUAACCGGUAAAAUAUACAGCUGAAUUUUAAAGGUAUUUGUAUUUUUCUUUCAUUGAGAAAUUAACACCAUUGUCAAACAUCUGUUUUUAUUAAAAUUAGAUUUUUGGGGGGUUAGAUAAAAAUUUGUUGACCUUCAUAAUUGUGAAGAAAUAUGUAGAUGGGUUAUAUGUGAGGCGAUUUGCUUUUUGGUCACAUGUUGGUUGCAGUAGGUUUGGUCUUAUAAAAUCAAGUCUUAAUUGAGGGUUUUUCUAGUAAAUGGAUUUCUAAUUUGAAAUAGGGGACUUUUUUUUUUACUUUUUCUUUACUUGCUUGCUUUGGCUAGUUGAGUUUUUGUUAAGUGAGUUGGUUUUAAUGAGUGACUUCAGUGUAUGUUUCUAUGCUUGAAACUAAAAUGUGGGCUGAUUUACAGCAUUUGGUCUUUGCAGACUCUACUAUAUUAGAUAAAAUUUUAAGGCAAUUUAGGUGAAGUUGAAAAAGAGAGCCUGGUACGUAGAGAUCAAAUCGCUUUAAAAGAAAUUGGCCAAACUAAGGAUGUCUGUUGAAUUGACCAUGUAAAUGAAUAUACACACACAACUACUUCUGUGGACAUGGAUUGUACGAAUAUCAGGGAAUUAAAUAAUUGACAUUAUGUAUAUGAGUUUAGGAACCAUGCCUAACAAACCUUUAUAUUUAUGUGUUCAUAACUUGCACGUAAUUAGAAAAAAGAAUAGGAAAAAAUACAACUUAUAUAUUAUCUUUUUUCUCCAAAGAUCUUAUUUAAGUUGUUCCUAAAUUUCAAAAGCCAAUACAGCUUUAAAAUAGGAUUCUCAGUUAUCUUAUUUAGGUUUAGCCUCGGUUUUUAAGCUUUCAGGGGGACACAAAUAAUUCUAAUCACUACUCCUGUAAAUAUACAUAUUUAGCAGUGUUUAAAGUUUGUUGUAUUGUUUCAAAUGACUGUCAUACAGAUUUUUUACGUUUUCAUUGUACCUGAUGACCCAGCACACACAUGCACACAAACUUCAUUCGAAGAUAAAUUGUAACUCAGCUUACUAAGGCAUCUCGUCACAGUAGGCAGGAAAGGUGCUUCCGUCCGUCACCUGGAUUGCUGACGUUAAAAAAAAAAAUUCUAUUUGAAACAUUUAAAAACUAAGAGGGAAAUUUUGUGUUUGUGGAUUAUUUGUUUCCUCAAAUCAUCUCAGUAUUGUAGUUUUCAAAGAAUUGAUUCUUUAUUUUCUGAAUUCCUGCUCUUUCAUUAGCUUAUUUUUUUUUUCAUUCUGAUGAGAAAAAUAUGAGAGUUCUCAGAAGUGUAUUCAGUUUCCUUUUUCACAAAUGGAGGCCUAAGCAAAAAUGCCAUUACCUCUUGCAGCAGUUACUAGAAGGCAGCACAGAAAGCCUAAAAAAGAUAGCUCAACCUUUUGUACCUACAGCCUUAGAUAUUGUUAGGUAGCCAUUCAAUUUUCUUUGCAUUGUGUGUGAGAUGAAUAUUUCUUGAGACUUUUUUGUUUGCUUUACUAAAGAAAUCAACGAAGAAAAAAAAAACCCUCAAAAAACAAAACAAACAAAAAACACCCUGUAACUCAUGUGAAGCAUGCAGGGUGUUGUAAUUUCAGUUUGCAAAGCGGUGUGAUACAAUGUUGCUGAGCCAAAAGCACACGAUAGAUUUAAUGUAGCCAAUUGUGUACUUUUGAAAAAAAGAGUAACUGUUCCCUGUGAGUUAAUUUUGGAUUUUUUCAAAAUCUCUCUUUUAGGCUUUGUGCUGGAUUCUUCCAGACAAAUGCGUAUUCCAUGUGGGCCACUGUUCUGCUAAAUGCUCUCAGUUCUCCUUUUGCAAUCAAGAUUAUGUUGCUAAGGAGAUUUUGCUUUUAUUGGUGCCAUUGAUUUGUGUUAAUACGUUUUGAAUACCUCUCCGUAUUCUUCCGCAGACAAGGCCAAAAGAAAAACUUCCCCGAGUUUCCCAAUUUACAUCACAAAUGGAGCGGUGGUGUAAUGAAGCCGAUAUAAAGUGGGCAGUUGAAAGGGAACUAAAGAAGGGCACUCAAGUGAGAAAUGAAGAACUGUGCCGAGUGUAGUCUGUGGGCUGCCUUCGGUCCAGCUGCAGGAACUGGCUCUGGCCAGAGGUAGAGUGAGUGAGCACCUCCCCUCUGCAAAGACCACCCACUUUUUGGAGCGCAAGGCUGCAUACCAUAGAUGACCUCACUGACUCAUAUGGGGCCAUUAAAACAGUGAGAAACUCUUUUCUGAAGUGGCAAAGAGAUGGUUCAACUCUCUUUCCGAAUCCUUCCUGGUGCGUGACUGAGGCUAGACUUCCUACACCUUAUGACCUGAAGUUGUCCUUUAAAGGAAGCCCUGUGGAUGAACCAGUUUUGGCUGUGAGGAUUAGCAUAUUCAUAAUUGUUGGGAAGGCUCUAGGUGAGAAAGACCUUAACUGGGUUGUGAAAUUGAAGGUUUUAGUUAUAUGCUCCUUACUUGGUAUCAUGUUCCAGACUUCCAAGACUCUCUUUGCUAUAAAGCUGAGUGGAAGGAGGAUCCAAUUCGGUCUUGAGCCAGUGGACUGACUUGCUUAGGUUGCAGUACCUGAAGGUGCUAGGGACUUCCUUUUAUGGCACAUCUUACACACCCUUUUAGUGGUUGACAUCGUUCAGACAGUCUGGCAUUGAUGCGUGUGGCUUUGUUUUGUUUUUGUGUUCAGCACAAAUACUGCACUGAUAUAACUUGAAGAGAGUUUAGACAUUUUCAAUUAGAAAUGUCAGAAAUCUAGAAACUAGGAAGAAAAAUUGCUACACGAGUCUCCGCAAAUUUAAAAUUGAUCACAAGGGAAGUAUCUCAAGUAUUAAAAGGACAAGCCUGUGUGAUUUGGAGGUGAGAAAUGACUGUUCCUGGUCAAAACAAGUAAUUACAUCAGUAAAAACUCUAAACUAGUAGUUCUUUAAUAUUGAAUGAUCUGGGCAAGAAGCAUAAAUUGCAAAGGCAUUCUUCUACCAGGGGGAAAUACGAAAUUUAUUAAAAAGACAUCUGAAAAGGAAAUUCUUAAUUCUUGUACUUAUUGUACCUUUUCAUUAGUUGUUUCCCCCAGAAGAUGCUUGUUGGCUACUGUGCGUCAUAGAUAAAAUCCCAAUUUCCAGACUAUAUCCGGUAAGAAUUUUUCUUACAAUCAAAAACCUUGGUAUAUACAUAUUUGUGGAUGUUUUUCCCUCUGUGAUAUUUAUAAAGCUUUUUUUUUAAAGCUUACCUAUAGCUUAAAGACUAAAGUUGAAAAGUACGGGGAUGAAUUUAAAUCUUCGGCCUUGUGUUUCUGACUGUAUUUAUCAAAGGUUUCUAUGCUACCAUUCAAUGCUGGAAUCCUAAAAUUGAGAAUUUGUAAAAAUGAGGAAAAUGGCUAAGACUUCAUUAUAGGUGAAAAGCAUUGAGAAACACAAGUAUUUUUAUAUAUUGAGAGCUUUUUUCUUUCCACUGAAAAUGACUUUUACGUUACUUUAUUUUUUAUUUUUUUUAAUGUUUAUUUCUGAGAGAGAGAGAGCAAGCAGGGGAGGGGCAGAGAGAGAGGGAGACAUAGAAUCCGAAGCAGGCUCCAGGCUCUGAGCUGUCAGCACAGAGCCCGACGCAGGGCUCAAACUCACAGACCGUGAGAUCAUGACCUGAGCGAAAGUCGGACGCUCAACCGACUGAGCCAUCCCAGUGCUCCAACAUUAUUUUAAACUUUAGAAUUCUCAUACUUGGACAGCCUGACCUGAAGAGGCAGGCAAACCUGUUCUGUUCAUGUACAUAAGACAUAAUCAUUAUAGUCUUACUCUGUGCAUCAAGCAUGUACCAAAAACUCUUGUGAAGUUAUUUUCCAAAUAUAGGUAAAAUUUACCAGAAGUAUUAUAAGAUUGAUGGACUCUGAUAAGCCAGCUCUUUAUAGUCAGUCUUCUGUUUAUAACAUGCUACUACUACCUUCUGGAAGGUAAUUUUGUAAAAGAACACAGGUGUAAAACCAACCACUCUGCCUUGACUGACUAGUAUUUCUUCUGCAUACUACUUAGGGCAAAGAUGAGUUGGAUUAUUUAUAAAUGCAUGGUGUGUGUGUAAAUACUGUCAAAAUCAUCGACAAUUUGGCUGGAAAAAGAGCUCUGACGAAAGGAUAUGUGUAGGAAAUAAAUUACCUUCUUUUCCAGUUUUGUCAUUAGUGAGUGGGUCUUGCUUUUUAGCCAUAGCUUACAGACUUUUUUUUUUUUUUAAUGUAGAAUAUCGGAUCUGGAAGAAACCCCAAAGAUGUCCUAUGGGGGGUGUGCAUUAGAAUCAACUGGGGAGUAUUUUCGUUUUUCUUUUACCCAUGACUAUAUCCCCACCCAACCCCCAUUAGAAUUGGGAGGAGAGGCAAGGAGAGCAUGUAUAUUUUGAAAAGUGUUCUCAAUUAUGGUAAGACAUUUUCCCUUCCCAUUCUAACUUUAUAAUGACCUAGGCAGGUUGUCACUUGUCUACACUCUUAGAUGGUUAGUGAUAGUACCAGGACUAAAAUCCCUAGUUCACAAAUGUGGGGUCUGUCUUGCAGUAAAUGCUAUAAAUAGAGUCUUUUUUACAAACUUAGUGAUUUUUUUUAAAAAAAUCCAAGAAGUUACCAUUUGAAAUCCAGAAAGCAUUAUCAAAAUUGAUUCUUUGUCGCAGAAAGAGUAUCAUCUAAAGCAAAUUAUUCGAGCAAAAAGUUCUCAAAAUUUCUUAGGUCCAAAGUGAGGAAAUUUUAGCUCUAGCUCCUGCCCAACCUGAGAGCUGUGACUUAGACAUUUAGUUAUUUAUUGCUGAUCCGUGUGAAAACAUUCAGAAUGGCUGGCAGCCUCCCAGGCCCGAGUUAAACAUUCUACGGCCUGACGAGACUGCUGGGUAGCCAACUUCACAUCAAAUUAAACACAUUCUCUUCAUGAUGAAUAGCUUGGAACCCAAAAACUUGAUUUCGUUACAAAAAAUGCAAGGGGUGUGUUGUUUUCUAAAUUAAAAUUAUUUUAUGUGUUAGUGCCACCAUUCUGGUUGUGAUUGUCAGGUGUAUUUUCUUCCAUGGUGGUGAGAUGGAAGAGAAAUGGACAACGAGGGACUUUUGGUACUAAUAAAAUUAAAAAAAGGACUCCAACAAGGUUGGACACAAUGUGGCCCAGAGAUGAACAUUCAUGAAUUUUGUAUUGAAAAGAUUUACAUUUCAUUAACAUUUUAAAUUACAAAGGCAGGUCUACAAAUACCGAUUUGUAUGUGUGUGUUCUCAUUGCAUUUUCCAAGCAAACAGUGAAUAAUGUAAUGCUAACUUAACUAUAUCCUGUUUCCUUACCAUUAAUUUCCCUCUUUAUUUAUUUUCUCUCCCGCCCCCCCUUUUUUUCUUUUUAUUUUAAAGUGUGAGUUAACUAUAAUGUGUAGCAACAUUAAUUUCAGUGAACCCUGCUUUACAUUUGCUAUAGAUCUACGCAUGUAAACUUCAUGUACUCUUCUUCCCUAUGUAACAAAUGCUUGGGGAUAAUGAAGUGUAGUCUGAGCAUCAUUGCUCAGCUAUGUAGUAAACCCAUUCUCCACAGACUUGCCACUCUAGUUCUGCAUCCACGUAGAUAGAAAUCAAUUGUCUUGAUAAGGAGUGACAAUAUAAAAAUGGAAUGUUCGACAAUUAAUGUUCACUAGGGACUAGAAAUUCGACUUCAGCUUGCCAUUCUUUUAAACAUCUUAUACUUUGGGAAGUUCUGUGAAGUUACAAGAGAUUUGAAAGGGUUGUGGAGGAAAUAGCAACUGACUAAUGUAAUGAAUUGAAAUGUUGGAACUAAGAACUCUAUGCUGGAGGGGCUGGCUGGCCAGCAGGCUGCCAGUGUAGGGUAAUUGACAAGCAGGUGCCUGAGAGAUGAGAGGAAAGACCCUAGUUUAGUUAUUGGCAUCAGUAAUAAUGACAUUGUGGCUCUAGGCGGUGACUGAAGAAGAAAGUAGUCUAUCAUAUGAAUUUGAAGUGUGAAUUAUUCAAUUGCAGAAAGUUAUAGUGUCUAAAAUUGUUUUUACUGACUGAAAGUCCUUUGACUGGAAUCUCCCAUUUAAGGACUUGUUCUUGUACAGCUUGAAAAUUUAGCAGCUUAAAAAAACAUAGCAGUUGUAGGUAUAUUUUUGAGGAAACUAUAAACUUUAAAAAUCACAGAAUUUUUAAUAGUUUUUAUGAAUGUGCUUUUCCUUUGAAUGCUUCGAGCACUCAGAUUCUUACAUAGUUUGGGAUUCUCUUCUCAAAGAAGCAGGCGUCAGCGAAGAUAGAGCCUUUUGAUGUAGGAUUGCUGAGCUCAACGUUGUCUCUCUUACGGUAAUGGUCUUCUUGCAGCAGUAUGGAGCCCCUAAAACUAUGCUUCAGGUGUGUUCUACCUGAAUGCCGCAUUUUUUUUUUCAAUAUAUGAAAUUUAUUGUCAAAUUGGUUUCCAUACAACACCCAGUGCUCAUCCCAAAAGGUGCCCUCUUCAAUGCCCAUCACCUCCCCUCCCCUCCCUCCCACCCCCCAUCAACCCUCAGUUUGUUCUCAGUUUUUAAGAGUCUCUUAUGCUUUGGCUCUCUCCCACUCUAACCUCUUUUUUUUCCCCCCUCCCCC